AUGCAGGUCAAUUUUGAUGAAAUUUGCGAUUCAGUGAUUAGAAUGAGUGCUAAUGAGCAAAUUCGAUCCGGCUCCGCCAAUGUCAAUGGCAAUGGCAAUGGCAAUGGUGAGGGUGUUCUUGGGAUUCCAGAUGAUUUACGGUGUAAGAGAUCCGAUGGUAAACAGUGGAGAUGCACUGCAAAGUCCAUGCCUGAUAAGACCGUCUGUGAGAAGCACUACAUCCAGGCUAAGAAGCGGGCCGCUAAUUCCGCUUUUCGGGCUAACCAGAAGAAAGCGAAAAGGAGAUCAGGCGAAACAGAUACAUAUUCGGAAGGAAAGAUCGAUGAUUUCGAGUUGCCCAUCCCCAGCAUUGAGCACUAUAACAACGGCCACGCCUCUGCUUCCAAGGAUAAUGGUAGGAUACUCAAGAGACAUAAAAGCCUGAUGCAGUACUCUCCCGAGACACCCAUGAUGAGGAGUUUUUCUCCACGUGUUGCUGUGAAUUUGAACGAUGAGUUUGCUAGAGAUGUUGGAAGGUAUGAAGAGUGCUACAGAUCUUAUAGGACACCACCACCUUCUGUUGCUGUUAUGGAUCCGUCACGCUACAGAUCAUCACACCAAAGCACGAGUCCAAUGGAAUACUCAGCAGCAAGCACAGAUGUGUCUGCAGAGUCUUUGGGGGAAAUCUGCCAUCAAUGCCAGAGAAAAGACAGUGAUAGAAUCAUUACUUGCCUCAAAUGCAAUCAGAGAGCCUUCUGUGACACUUGUAUAUCGACAAGGUACUCGGAGAUAUCACUCGAAGAAGUUGAGAAAGUUUGCCCUGUGUGUCGUGGUUUGUGUGAUUGCAAACCUUGCAUGCGUUCUGAUAAUACAAUAAAGGUACAGAUCCGGGAUAUACCUGUUUUGGACAAGGUGCAGUAUCUAUAUCGUCUAUUAUCAGCUGUUCUUCCAGUGAUAAAGCAGAUCCAUCUGGAACAGUGUACAGAAGUAGAACUAGAGAAGAGGCUUCGUGGAGCUGAGAUUGAUCUUGUCAGGGCAAGAUUAAAAGCAGAUGAGCAGAUGUGCUGCAACGUGUGUCGGAUACCAGUGGUUGACUACUACCGUCAUUGUUCGAACUGCUCAUAUGACCUGUGCCUGAGAUGCUGUCAAGAUCUACGGGAAGAGUCUUCAGUUGAGAUUAGUGGGACUAACAAAAUCAUAGGAGAAAUAACAGGAGUUACUAAAAUAAAACUAAACUUUUCAUACAAGUUUCCUGAGUGGGAAGCCAACGGUGAUGGGAGCAUCCCCUGCCCCCCUAAGGAGUAUGGAGGCUGCGGUUCCCGUUCUUUGAAUCUCGCUCGCAUUUUUAAGAUGAAUUGGGUUGCAAAGCUUGUGAAAAAUGCUGAGGAGAUUGUUAACGGCUGCAAAGUAUGUGAUCUUCGGAACCCUGAAUUGUGUGACUCCAGAUUCUGCAAAUUUGCUGAGAGAGAAGAGAGCGGUGACAAUUACGUGUACAGCCCGUCGCUUGAAACGAUAAAAUCUGAUGGAGUAGCUAAUUUUGAACAACAAUGGGCAAAGGGUCGGCUUGUUACUGUAAAAAAGGUACUUGAUGACUCAUCUUGCUCUAGGUGGGAUCCUGAGACUAUUUGGAGGGAUAUAGACGAGAAUUCUGAGGAGAAAUUGAGAGAACAUGAUCCAUUCUUGAAGGCCAUAAAUUGCUUGGAGGGGUCAGAGGUUGAUGUAAGACUUGGAGAGUUUACAAAAGCAUAUAGAGAUGGGAAAAACCAAGAGACAGGUCUUCCCCUAUUGUGGAAGUUAAAGGACUGGCCGAGCCCAAGUGCUUCUGAAGAAUUUAUUUUCUACCAAAGACCAGAGUUUAUCAGAAGAUUUCCAUUUCUCGAGUACAUACAUCCUCGGUUAGGCCUUCUGAACGUGGCAGCCAAGUUGCCUCAUUACUCGCUCCAAAACGAUGCAGGUCCAAAGAUUUAUGUGUCUUGCGGGACAUACCAAGAAAUUGGUGCUGGUGAUUCAUUGACUAGUAGUAUUCACUACAGCAUGCGUGACAUGGUAUACCUCUUGGUGCACACAUCUGAAGGAACAACAGUCGAAAGGGUGAGAGAGACAAAUCCUGAUCCAAGAGAAUCCGACCAGAAGAUGGACGAAAAUGAGUCACCUCUUAGCCCUGAGGACAAAUUAAGGGACGGAGAGUUACAUGAUCUAUCACUUGGUGGGGUCAAUACAGAGAAGAAUGAAUCUGAGAUGAUCUUGCCUGUGAAUACAGAGGAAAAAAUGGAUCUUGAUCACAACAUGGACUCUUCUCGUACGUCUUCAUGUGCAGGAGGAGCCCAGUGGGAUAUCUUUCGACGCCAAGACGUCCCCAAGCUGGCCGAGUACUUUAAGAGAACAUUACAGAAGCCUGAUAAUUUUCAGACUGAUUUUGUGUCACGCCCGUUGUAUGAAGGAUUAUUCUUAAAUGAACACCACAAAAGACAACUAAAAGAUGAGUUUGGAGUUGAGCCAUGGACGUUUGAGCAACAUCGUGGUGAGGCUAUCUUCAUUCCGGCUGGAAGUCCGUUUCAAAUCAGGAAUCUUCAGUCGAAUGUUCAGGUGGCACUCGACUUCUUGUGUCCUGAGAGUGUUGGAGAGUCAGCAAGACUAGCUGAAGAAAUCCGGUGUUUACCGAACGACCACGAGGCUAAACUUCAGAUUUUAGAGAUUGGAAAGAUAUCGUUAUAUGCAGCUAGCUCAGCUAUCAAAGAAGUUCAGAAACUAGUCUUGGAUCCAAAAUUUGGAGCGGAGCUUGGUUUUGAGGACCCGAACUUAACCAAAACAGUCUCUCACAACUUGGACAAGGCAAUCAAGCGGCCGUAGCAAACUAGCUGCAGUUAAGUCAGUCUAGAUUUGUAUAGUAGUAUAAAAAUCAUUGUUGUGACUUUAGUUUAGACUACUACUAUACAGGAUUUGUAUGUAUCUAUGACUCUGUAUAUCAGGCUUCAUAAAUAUUCAUAACUAUCAUUACUAGUUCACUUAA